AUGGCUCGCUUUUCAUUGGUUGACUCGCGAGUCAUAGUUCGUCCGGGACACGUACUCAUGGCGGGAGCCGUGGCGGCAGGCCAGUCUGGGCAUUGUUUACCAAGGCCUAAUAUGAACGCAGAUGCUGGAAUGUUUGGUCAUUUGGUCAGGUCUAAGUGCACCUACCUGGCAAAGAUGGGAGACAUAGAGGGCCAAGUCCUUCCCUGUACACACUGGAGCUUCAACAAGACUUCCUAUGACAACACCCUCACCUCUGAGUUUGAGUUGGUGUGUGACUAUGAUUUCCUCAGACCCACAUACUCCAGCGUGUACUUUUUCAGUGCCUGCCUUGCUGCCCCAUUGAGCGGCUGGCUCUCCGACAGGUACGGGUGCAAGACUAUGAUGAGUAUAGGUAUAGUUACAUAUAUUAUUCUUGGAAAUAGUCUCAACUGGUUACCUAACAUAUCUAGAACCAUACUAGUGCUGCAUUUCAUGAUGGGACUGAUGCAUCCAACAUCCACACAGACUUCAUAUACUUUAGCCAUGGAAAUAUGUGAACCACGUCUUAGGUCUGUGGUGGGCAUUAUGGUGUACCUGCCUUGGACUCUGGCUCUCGUGUGGUGGGGUGGUAUAGCUUACCUCAUCAGAGACUGGCGCUGACUUAUGUUUACUGUCACCAUUCCUUCUGCCUUCAUCCUUCCAGUAGUCUGGUAUGACCUUCUUUGUUAUUUUUUAAUAUUAUUCAUUGUUUUUAAUAUUGCAUUAAUGUGGAAAUGGCCAAGGGGAUAAGAACAUAAGAAAGAAGGAACACUGCAACAGGCCUACUGGCCUAUGCGA